UUUCUUUUUCAAAAGUUGACGGAACAUUGAACCAUGGCCACCUCAAAAAAGAAGACUAGGAAGCUGAGAGGUCAUGUUAGUCACGGACAUGGUCGUAUCGGAAAGCACCGUAAGCAUCCAGGAGGUCGUGGUAAUGCUGGUGGUGAGCACCAUCACAGAAUCAACAUGGACAAGUACCAUCCUGGAUACUUUGGCAAACUUGGUAUGAGAAAUUUCCACUUUAGAAAGAACAAGAAUUUCUGUCCAGUUUUGAACUUAGAUAAGCUUUGGACAUUAGUCUCUGAACAGACGAGGCUGAAGUAUGCAUCUGCUCCAGAUGGCAAGGUCCCCGUCAUCAAUAUUGUCAAAGCUGGAUACUACAAGUUGCUAGGCAAAGGCAAACUCCCCAAACAACCUGUCAUAGUAAAAGCAAAGUUCUUCUCAAAAUCAGCAGAGAAGAAAAUCAAGGAUGUGGGUGGUGCUUGUGUACUAUCUGCGUAAAUAAUAAGUAAUAAUAUCUAAAA